AUGCUGAUUAAUAAAAAUGGUUACACUAGGAUAAUAAAAUCUUCGACAUGUUAUUUUUUCUUAUACUCGCUUCAAUCCUUCGUUUUGGAUGGCUCCCCAUCAUCUUAUGCCCAAUUUAAAAAAUGGAAUCCGGGUUUAAAUGGGACGUUAGAAUUCGAAUUUAAAACGAAUCAACCCAACGGUUUGUUACUUUAUACCGACGAUGGUGGAACCUAUGAUUUUGUAGAAAUAAAACUCGUCGAGGGUGCAUGCAGGAUAAGAUUUAAUCUUGGAGGUGGUGCUAAAAUAAUGGCCAUAGGUGAAAAUUUAAACGAUGGUCACUGGCACAAGGUACGAGUGAAAAGAAUGGUCGAAAGAACAUCAUUAGAAGUCGAUAGAUCCAUGAUAAUGGGUACGUCACGUGGAAAAGAAUUUUAUUUUGGAAAUAUAGCAACGAAUUCUGAUGUUUUUUUCGGUGGUAUGCCACCAUAUUAUAAUUCUAAAUUGACUCUCCUCGCAUUGCCGAGUGUUAUUUUCGAAUUGAGAUUUGUCGGAGCCAUAAGAAAUGUCGUUUAUGCCGACGAACAUAGUAGCGUACCUAGAAGACAAGAAAUGAAAAUAAAAAAUUACAAGGGUGCCCGGAAAAAUGCAACGGAUGCCUGCGAAGAAUAUGAUCCCUGUCAACAUGAGGGGAUUUGCAUAUCAACCGAUACUGGACCGAUUUGCGAAUGUCGAAAUAAUGAUUACGAGGGGAAAUCCCCGUCUGAAGCAACAUUUUUAGGUUCUGAAUUUUUUUCAUAUGAUUUAAAUGCAACGGGUGGAGUUCCUAUUGUAAGCAGUCAAGAUGUUAUUUUUUUUAGCUUUAAAACGAGGUAUCCAAAUGGAUUUUUAUACUUUACAGGUCACGGAGAAUCAUAUUUGAACAUAGCUUUAAAACAGGGAGGUAUCGUUUUACAAAUGGGUAUGGGGGAUGAAAAAUUAGAAAUGAAUAUAAGACCCCAUAAAAUUAGAUUCGAUGAUAAUCAAUGGCACAGCAUAUCAGUGCAUCGUAAGGUUCAAUUAUUAACAUUAACGGUAGAUGAUACAUAUUCUGAUCAUUCUCAUCUUCACGGACAUUUUAGCAUGUUAUAUUCUAGUCAAGUUUAUGUUGGUGGAAGUCCAGCAUCCCAAACGUUACCCGGUACUUCUGUUCCUAAUAAUUUCACAGGAACCGGAAAUAAAUUUUUAACCGUUUCGGGUAAUAUUGAAUUUAAAUGUCACGAAAGAAGAUUAGAAGAUCCGAUACAAUUUUUGGAUAAAAAUUCACAUUUGGUACUACCAAAUUGGGAAGGUAAAAAAUCAGGAACGAUCGCUUUUAAAUUUAGAACUGUUGAAGAUACGGCACUGUUCAUGUUUAGCAAAGGUUCCGGUUCGGUACACCCUGAUUUUUUCGGUUUCGAAAUGAUCGAAGGUCAAAUAUUUUUACAUUUGGAUCUUGGAUCGGGUCAUACAAAAGUUAGAAUAACUACCAGAAGAGUAAAUGAUGGUGCUUGGCACGAAGUUAAUUUAAGAAGAAAUGGUAGAGAAGGACGAGCAUCAGUCGAUGAUAUGAUAGCUGAUUUUAUAACUCCAGGGGAUUCUACACUGUUGGAACUCGAUGGUGGUCUUUAUCUCGGUGGUAUCGGUAAUCCUUUGGCAAAUUACGAUCUUCCCGUUUAUUUUUGGACGGGAGUUUUACAUUUGGGUUUUGUUGGAUGCAUGAGAGAUCUUAUUGUCAAUGGUAACGCCAUUGAUAUUGCCGGUUAUGCAAGACAACAAGAUACAACUUCCAUCAAGGCUUCGUGUCACGUGCAAUCCGGACAAUGUGAUUCACAGCCUUGUUUAAACGGUGGCGUUUGUAAGGAUGGAUGGAAUCGAUUCACGUGCGAUUGUACGGCAACCAAUCACGGGGGUCCGAUUUGCGGUAAAGAAGCUGCAACGGCUUCUUUUAACGGUAGCCAAUACAUUUCCAUCGGUUUACCGGCCGGAACUAAAACUCAAGCCGAAGAUUUAAUUAUAAGAUUUAAAACGUAUAAAAAAGACGGAAUGAUUUUUAGCACGAAUAACGAUCAUUUCGGUGAUAAAUUAGAAUUAUCAAUACAAGGUGGAAAAUUAAAAAUGUCGUUUCGAAUCGGAGGCCUUGAAAAGGUUAUUUUCAUUUUAUUACUUACAAAAUCCACUAUUUCGACGGGGCAAAAUUUACAAGAUUAUACAUGGCAUUUGAUUAAAUUUAGCAGGAGAGGAAAUUUUUUUUAUUUGAAAUUAGAUAAUUAUCCAAUAAUCAGAGGUAAAUUUCUUGAAAGCAUUUUGGAAUACGACAAACUUUAUUUGGGUUGUUAUCCUCUCAUAUUAAAUCAAGCACAUAAAGUCGAAGGAUUCGGUGGCGUCAUACAACAAUUUACUUUUAACGGUUUUCCAUGGAUAAAUCAAGCGAGAGCUUAUCCGAACGUUAACGUAACGGCAAAAUUUUUAAAAAGAUACGAUUCGGCUCCGUAUCGAACUAUGACAUUUAAAUCAAAACAUUCUUAUAUAGGUUUACCAACAUUGAAAGCUUAUUCAGCUACAAAUAUAUUUUUCCAGUUUAAAACGAGAGAACUCAACGGUUUGAUUUUAUACAACGGAGGAAAAGAACAUGAUUUUAUUGCCGUGGAAAUGGUUAACGGUCACAUUCAUUACGUAUUUAAUUUGGGUGAUAAAACUAUUAAGAUAAGAGAUAAUGCAAAAUCAAAUUUAAAUGAUAAUAAAUGGCAUUCUGUUGGUAUAAGUAGACCAAGAAUAAAACAACACACUCUUCAAGUGGACGAUACAAAAGAUGCAUAUAAAAAUUUACCCAAACAAAUACAAUCCAAACAUGGAUACGAAGGUUGUUUAGGAAGUUUAGAUCUUAAUGGAGAAUCACCAAAUAUUUUAGUCGAAGCACUCAUACCGAGCAAUUUGGUUAUAAAAGGCUGCGAAGAAAUGGGUACGAAAUGUGACAACACUGUUUGUGAAAAUCGAGGGGUUUGCGUACAACAGUGGAAUUCAUAUGAAUGCGAUUGCGAAACGACGACUUUUACCGGACCCUCGUGUAAAGAUGAAUCGACUUCUUACGAAUUUGGUCAGUCGGGGAAUGAUUGGUUUAUACCGGAAAUCAACAAAUCCGACGUUUACUUAGAUAUACUUCAAAGGAUAAUGCUGUUUGAUAGAUCGAAAGUUGAUGGAAAUAUUUUAGUUUUAUAUUAUUUGGGAACUCAUGAAAAUCCAAUUAGCGAAACAGGAGUUAAAGUUGAUGAUGAUUUAUAUCACGUGAUACGUUUCACGAGAUCAGGUCCAAAUGCAACGUUGCAAGUUGACGAUUACAACAUACAAACAUAUAAUCCAGGGGGACCUCAAUUAUCGGUAUUUAACACUCAAGGAAAAGUUCUCAUCGGUGGUAAAUGGGAAUCGGGGAGUCACACGAUUGAAAGACCGUUUACAGGUGUCGUUUCCGGUUUAGUUUUUAACGGUCAAAGAAUUUUGGAUUUGGCUGCGGAAAAAGAUUCACGUAUUUCAACAAUAGGAGAAGUUCAACUCAUGACCGGAUCCGGAUGUCAAAACGACGACGAAGAUCAAUGUUUACCCGUUUUCGAUACAGGAUCAGGGGAUGAUUUAAUAACUCCCGUUUACGUUCCUCCCACUAGACCCCCGAGCACAACGAAAUCAAUCGCAAAUAAAAAACUCAAUGAAUUAUCUAACAGUAAACCUUGUGACGACGAAGAUUGUUUUGUGGGGUCGGGUAAUGGAGAACUGACGACCGAAGAUUCAUCCAGUGAAUCAUUUCGUGGUUCGACUUUUAUAUCGACUAUAAUUGUUGAAGAAACGACGCGAGACACCAGCACGACAGGAGAUACAAGUUCCCAAUUAUCGGAAACAACGUCUUCGACGACACACUUAACUUCGACAACAACACCGAAAACAACGUUUAAAAUAGUAACCAUACCUUGGACAACGACGUCAACCAUAACUACGACUGAAUAUUUAGAACCCCCUCAACCUAUACCACCGUGGGCAUCAUCCAGGCCGCCAUUUUAUAAAAAACGAGAUCGUAUAUCAUCCGAAUCGGCUGAGAAUACGGCGCUGGUCAUCGGUAUAAUUGCGGGUACCAUGAUUGCCGUCAUAUUGAUUAUAUUAAUAAUACUUCGAUUCAAGCACAAAAAUUCAACAACGUAUAAAGCAGAAGAAAGUAAAUGUUAUCAACAAUCUCAGGGGCCAAAUGCAGCUUUAAUACCGGCAGCAUCGAGUGGUCAAUUUGAACAAAAUGGAAAUCUUAAAAACGGAAAUGGUAAAAAUUCAAGAAAACAAAAAGAUGUUAAAGAAUGGUACGUUUAA